AGCUGCUCGUUUGGCAUUAGGACGGGGUUUACGAGCUGCAAACGGCAAACUGCGCAAGCAGGGCAACAGAAGGACGACAUUUCCACCUGCUCGUCUCUCCGUAUACUCUGUUACCUUUCAUUCUCUGCAUUUUUGUAAUAUAGGAGUUGGGGCAUGUCAUUCUUCACUUCCAUAGCGAGAAACGUCUUGCAGACGGCAACAAAGACCGCGAGCCACUCUGCAGCCUUCUCCUCCCUUUCCGCACGGCAUGUGGCCGCUCCAUCGACUUUAUCAUGUUUUAUCCGUUCCAACCGCCGAUUCCCUGCACUGUCACCUUCCCUUUUGUCACAAAGUGCCGGCAUCCGGAUAAAAGCCCCUAAUGCCGAGAACGCCCAGGACAAAAAACAGGCUACAGAGAAACAGAAACCUUCAGAUUCUGUUGAAGAUGAUACAGCCGAUGCACAGGGAUUAGACUUGUUCGCUCAGGCAAUGGCAAACCAGAAACGGAGGGAUGCUGAAAACCGAAAAGCUGCAGCUGGUGAGCAAACAGAUGCAGAAGCUACAGAGGACGCUGCUGUCGAUCCGGCGGAAGCAGAGCGCUUGCGUAAGUGGAGAGAGGCGGCCGAAGAGGAGGAAAAGAAACAAAUGAUCAAGAGCGGGAGAGUAUUCCUUGGAUCGGCUUUUUUAGUUGGAUUAGCAGGUUAUAUUUACCUUGGGCUACCAGAUGAAGACCAGAAGCGCGAGGAGGGAGAAAGCCUUUUAGCGGCGCACAACUCAAGAGCAUGGGCGAAUCUGAAGAAGUGGCGUUCGGAUAUCACUAGUCCUGCUCUAGAAAAGUUGCUACCAGAUCCACUGCCUGUGCCAUAUCAGCGUCCGUUGACACUUUGUAUUGAACUUAAUGAAGCCUUGGUACACCUGGAGUGGGAUAAAGCUGUGGGCUGGCGUGUAGCAACGCGUCCUGGAGUGAAGCAAUUCCUUGCGAAUCUUAGCCGAUACUACGAGGUGGUCAUAUUUACAAACUCCCCUGGCUACUUGGCCGAACCGGUAUGUCAGGCUCUCGAUCCACAUUUCUUCUACGCUAUGUACCGUCUCUAUCGAGAUCACACCAAACUGGUUGAUGGAACCUAUGUUAAAGAUUUGAGCCAAUUGAACCGGGACUUGGGCAAGACGAUAAUUUUGGACAUACAUCCCGAAUCAUACAAGCUUCAGCCGGAGAAUGGACUGCAGCUGAAGCCUUGGAAGGGUGAGCGAACUGAUAAGGAGUUGAGGAAGCUUGAAACAUUCUUCGAAGAGCUUUACGUAUUUAUGACGGUCUACGGCAUCGAAGAUGUUCGACCAAUCUUGAACAUUGUCAACACUAUCAACCCCAAUGACAUUGCUGCUGCAUGGACUACAUACAAGCAAACUAUGCGUGAAGAGUUUGCGAAGCGGCAAGCAGAACAACAAGGACCAGCAAAACCCUCCCGCUCUUGGAUUUCAACUCUCUUGGGUGGAGGGGCGUCACAGCAGCAGCAAUCACAAGUAAUGAAUGUGAUCGAUCAGAUCGAGGCUAUUGCGAGGGAAGAAAGGGAAUUGGCUAUCAAGGACGCGGAGGCCAUGAGCCAGCAGAUGCACGACAUGCAAAAGCAGCAGGAGGAGUUUAUCAAGAAGCAAAUGGAGGAAAACAAGAACAAGGGAUUGAAGUUGUGGGAUUACAUUAACGGCGCUGGAGCACCAGUGCCACCUGGUCAACAGCCGCCAGCUGGAAAAUGAAUGGCAUGGACUACAGUUGUGGAGAGUAGUGGUAAUAUUGAGCAUAAGUGUUGUAUUUAAUAUCAUGACCAUUAGACAUAUCAA